UCCUUUCGCUCGUCUGACACAAGAGAGGUUGGCGACGCAGUUCGGAAAUUGAACGCGCGAAUGACGGACCGUUCUUAAUUUAAAUUCAAAACGUGCUGGCCGGCACUUCGAUACUGACUGGCUGUUAAUGAAAGAAAAAAUAAAUAGUUUCCUGUGAUAUCAUGUGAAUAGUUUACGAUGAGUGCGCUGUUGAAAAACGUGACCAAUUGCAUUUGGUAUGCGUUUGAUUCGUUGCAGAAUAAUGCCGUGGUCCACAAGUCCAAGUUAAAGGUGCUAACAGCCAACAUCGGCACCCUCCUCGACCUGUACGGGGUGGAGAAGGGUCUGGAGCACUUCCGGUCCAGCCAGGAGCUGCGGUUCGAGGAGUUCCGGCAUUACCUGCAACAGGAGGUGUUCAGCUCCCUGCCUGGCACCCUCGCGCUGCCAGCGUUGAGGGAGUACGAGAGGAAGAUUAGCGAGGUGUGCUGGCUGGUGUGCCGCAAGAGCCUGCUGUCGCGGGAGCGGCCGCUGUUCGCGGACGAGUCUGUGUUCAAGCUGUUCCGCAUCUUCUGUCUGCUGGCCGACCUGGUGCAGGACUGUGAUGACGAGCGGCAGUAUGUGAUGAUCCUCCAGCCCUCAGAAGCGGGCAUAAUAGUGGAGCAGCUAGUCCACUGCCUCGGGCUCCGGUGGGACGCCGCGGAGUGGGACGCCCUGGGCGCGGGCGUGGGUCACCUCCGCUGGGCCGCGUUCCUGGCCGUGCUGGAGUCCAAGUACUGUCGGGGGCAGCAGCUGCAUGAAGAGGCGCUGGUGGAAGCUGUCGCGGAGGUCUAUGAUGUGUUUAUAGAGGAUAUUAUAAAGAAAGGCUACCUCCUAAAGCGCGGCUACCUCCUCCCGACCAUGCGUGAAUACUGGUGCGUGCUACAACCCUGCGCGCUCACCUACUACAAGAGCUCGUCCCAGAAGGAGCAGUGCGGGAGGAUCACCAUCGACGAGUAUUGCUCGGUCGAGGCGGCGGCUGGCGACGGCAAGAUACAGAGGUUCCAGCUCGUCACCCCGGAGAGGACCUUCGAGUUCGCCACGCAGGAUCAUAAGAGCCGCCUCCAAUGGGUAUCCGCCCUCAAACAAGCGACAGCCGUGUCCGGCGGCGCGGAGGGCUACCAGCGGCGCGCGCGGGCGACGCGGCGCGGCGCGGACGCGAGGCGCGCGCGGGAGGCUCGCGAGGCACGGGCCAGGCUGCAGCAGGAGGUCCGCGCGAGGCUGGCGGCCGAGGCACAGGCUCAGGAGUUAGCAGAAAUUGCACAACAAGACAACAAAAAACUCGAAGAAAUGAAGAAUGCUCAAGUUACUCUAGAAAAACUUCUACAAGAAGAAACACAAGCGAAGAGAGACGAGGAAAUAGUCAGAGCACUACAAGCAAGGGUUUUGGCUGAAGAAUGGGAAAAAAGAGAAGAACUAGAACGCCUUCAGGAAGAACAAAACAAAAUGUUAGAGGAAGAAAGACUUAAAAGAAAGCAGUUUGAAAUGCUGCAGGCGGAAAAAGAGGCACAAUAUAGAGAAGCAGAAAGAAGAUUGCAAGAGCUAGAAGAAGAAAAGAAGAAGCUGGAUGCAGAACUGAAAGCGGCGCAGCAGAAGAUAUCUCGCACGGAGCACACCGCGCAAAACCUGCAGGUCCACUUACGAGACUUACAUCCAGCACUGCGGAACGGUGAAAGGGCGAGGCGGGCCGUCUCGUUUGUUCCCACCACGAAGAGUUCUUCCGACACAUUGAUAGAUGUGAGAGCCAUCAGACAUUUGGAAUUGUUGGAAAACGAUUUAUAGAGUAGGAAUGCGAGGUACUUAAUUCAGUCCAUGGAGAGAAAAAAUAAGGCAUUCCUUUUAUAGGCUUUUGUAAAACUUAAUACUGUUACAGAUACAGUAAUAGAAAUUAAAUAGCGUUGAAAU